CCCUGAGCACGAGUGAUGCGCAGGAUGCAGACUGGAAACCAGAGAGGAGAUCCCUCGUCCACCUACAUCAGGCAGCUGGAGACCAAGGUGAAGCUGCUGGAGGGGGACAAGCUCCUCGCACAGCAGUCCGGCUCCGGAGAAUUCCGGACGCUGCGGAAAGGCUUCUCCCCAUACCACUCGGAGUCCCAGCUCUCCAGCCUGCCGCCCUCCUACCAGGAUUCCCUGCAGAACGGCCCAGGUUGCCCGGUUCCUGAGCUGUCCUCGCCCCCCUCCGCUGGCUACAGCUCUGUGGGACAGAAGCCCGAGGCCGUCGUGCACGCGAUGAAGGUCCUGGAGGUACAUGAAAACCUGGACCGGCAGCUCCAGGACAGCUGUGAGGAGGACCUGAGCGAGAAGGAGAAGGCCAUUGUCCGUGAGAUGUGCAACGUGGUCUGGAGAAAACUGGGGGACGCCGCCAGCUCUAAGCCCUCUAUCCGGCAGCACCUGUCUGGGAACCAGUUCAAAGGGCCCUUGUAGGGCCAUUCCUCCGUGGACGUGGACUGGCCCUGCCUGGGGUCUGCAGACACGGGCAGGCCCUCGCACCGAGCCACUGUCUUCUUUUCCUGUGCUGACUUGUACAUAGUACGCUGCCUGCCACGGCCUGGCUGCCAUGGGUCCGAUUCCAUCUCCUGCCUCUCACACCAGCACACCGGGAAGACUGUUUCCUGCAGCAGAGCGGCCUGGACAGCCUUGUUCCUGCUCGGGGGCCCGGGCUCUGGGUGCCGCUGGCGAGAGGCUGAGGCUGCUCUGAGAUCCCGGGCCCAGGGACUGGCCCAGGCUGUGCCCAGCUUUGGUGGAGGGGCACCUCAUCAAGCCCUUCACCCCUGGACGCCACCUGCACUGGACAGAGGCCACUGGCAGCUGGACUGAUGCACGGGGCACCACUUCUGACCCCCUGCUGUGGCCUGGACGCCGGCUUGCUCAGCACUGGGUCCCGAGUCGCAGACAAGGCCCCUCCUCUGGCCCCUGUGCCCAGGCUCCCUGCUGCCAGCCGCUGCUUGGCUUUAGAGCUCAUGCCCCCACCCCCAGACACACACUCUCUGCUGUGGCCCUUGCCUGGUGCCAGGCUGUGCCCUAUCUUUGGGGGGUCCCUCCUGCCCAGGGCCUGAGGCACCUCCAUUUCUGUGUGUCACAUAAUGAGACAUGCACACCCCUCUCUGCCUGGGUGGCACUGGGCCACGGCCGGGCCUCUGCUCAGGAAUGGUGUUCCCCAGAACCUGACCCCUUCCUGGAUCACUGUAGACAGAGCCGCGUGACGGCAGGUGAAGGACUUCCCUCCUUGGGAGGGGCCCACCCUGGCUCUGGCUUUCAUUUUCCUGUGUGACCUUCAGCAAGUCACUCAGCCCCUCUGGGCCCCUGGUGGGAGAAGGAGGGCUCAGAGGUUCUUUCAGCCGUGCCCACGGUUGGAGGCCAUCAGCUUUAGUCAGCCUACUGCCUCCUUCACAGCACACGAGCCACUGGUGCCUGCCUGCUGGAGAGGCCGCUGGUGAGUGGGCCAGAGGAGCCAAGGCCCAGGCUGCCUCCUCUGAGGGCUCGGGGAUCAAACAAGACCUUCAGUGUAGAACGGUCAGAUAUAACUGUAAAGUGAGACUUGAAUUUUAAAAUGUGUGUGGGACAGUGCGGCCCAGAGAGGGUGAGUGGCCUGUGGCUCAUUGCAGACAAGAUCCCAGAGCCUGGAAGGCCGGGCCAGGCCACUGUUAAUAACGCUGUAGUGACCAGCCCUGGCGUCCUCUAGCUGUUUCAAGUUCCUCCAUCACCAUCGGACUUCCUCACUCUUCAGCGGUACUUAGAGCUGCAGGCAGCUGGCCAUCAGGGAGCCCGAGGCUGUCCUGGCGUCAGGCAGGCCUCGUCCAGGCUCACGUGAGGGAUGGGGACCAGGUAGGGGGUGGACGAGGCCACCCUGUUCCUCUCCCCAGUGGGGACUCCGAGCAGUUCUUACCGCCUACCUGCCAUCGGUGCCCUUGGGUCGACGCUCUCAGGGGAAAAGCCCGAGGCCCUCACUGUGCCCAGGGAGUGGGAGGUGGGUGCUGCGCACGGCGACAGGCACGGUCCUCUUGCCCUGAGUGUUACAGGGAGCUGCGGGCUCUCCAGGAGGUGGCUCUCAGGUCAUGUGGUGAGCUCCCUGUCACUAGGGGUGUGCAUCAGGAGCUGGGUGAACAUCUUUGGUCCUGGUUCGGGGUGUCUCCUGCCCAAGUGGGCAGCGAGCUGGGUUGCAGAGGCCCCUUCUGGGUCUUUAAGCCCAAAGAACUGCAGAGCAGCCCAAGGGGUCAUGAGGCCCUUUUGGGUGGGAGCCACGUCUGGGAGCCCAUGUGUCAUGCUUGGGCCACUUUGGCUUGGCCACCACUGAAAAUAAGCAAUAAGUCAGGUCUCCUGCAAAGCGACCCAGGGAAGAGCAGCCUCAAAGGGACCUUUCCCGCUGGAGGGAAGUGACCCUGGCCCUGAUGCUGCAGUGGUGUCCAGGGAGCAGGUGACAUCUGUCAGAGUGGCCUCCCACCCACCGUGGAGACGGCACCCUCCAGGUGCAGACGCCUCCUCCCUGCCCCUGCUCGUGUCCUGGAGCCAGCCGUGCACAGGGUGUCUUUCUAAGACAGAACUGUGCCUGUGACAGUCCUCUCUCUAGCUCCCCUGCCUGCCCUGCCGCAGCACGGGGUGCAGCUGCAAUGGGAGCCAGUCGGGGAGGGCCAUGUGGGUCUCACUGCAGGGGCCAGUUCAGGGUGAGUCCCUCUGCCACGAGCAGGGAGUGUGCGGAAGGUGCCCCCCCCAAAUCUGGAGCCUUAGCUCUGAAAGCUCAUGGUGGGGGUGGGGGUGUUGCUGAGCCUGGUGUCCUUUCGUAAGGCCCCUUUCUGUUUCAAAUACUUAUUCUAGAUGACAUGACACCGGUGCUGUGGCUUCCGUUCCCACUGUGAGGGAUGUCACCCUGCCUCAUACCAGGUGGCCAAGCCCAUCCUGGAACUGGAAUCCGCUGAGCACAUUUUUAUCCAAAAGUUAUUAGCUACACAUCAGUGUUUAAAGAGAAAAAAGUGACCUUUCAUUUUUUUUUCUUGAAAACUUGAGAGGAAACAAUACAUACUACUGAUUUUUUUUUUAAAGAAACAAAUGAAAUGCAUGACUGCAGAGCGGUAGAGGUGUAUAUUUUUCAUAAUGGGGGGGGUAGUAUUUGUGCUGCUUCGUGGGGAUGGGCGAAUCUCCUGGCUCCCGUCCCCGGGCCGGCAGCCCGGCUCCGUCUUCCGGAGGAUGUGACGGCCCGAGCGCUGGGGCCGUCCCCCCCCUCGGCUCCGGGCAGAGCCGGGGGCCUUGAACUCCUGGGCCCGUUUCUACCUUCUGUUGAACCACUUUGAUUUGGGGAGAGAAAAAGAAAUAGAACUUUUUGAUAGUGUGGUAAAAACUUUGAUUUGAACUAUUUUAGUAAAGGAGCAACAGAGAAGAUUGUGAUAGUGUCUACUUUGUGCUAGAUAAAUAAAGGGCCUUUGCGAGCCUCA